UCGCAGUUUAGGCCUGCCCCGGUACUGUUGGAGAUGUCCGUUUAAUGAUAUCGAAAGGUAGGAUGAGGGAGAAGGCUAUUGAUCCUCUUGUUUAUUUGUAACUUCCUGCUUCCGCAACAGUUUGGACUAAGGCAUACAAGAAUACUACAACCAUUUUCAACGAACAGGUAUUUCCUGAAUUCCGCUACAGGGAUAAGUUGCUUAACUAUUCUCAAUCAUAUUUGCUGCAGAUAUGAUGAAAAUAUGCCAGACAAUAUUGUGUGUGCUCUUCCUAGUUCACUGUAGCCAGGUCUAUUCGUCUGGAACAGCAAUGACUUCUGAUGCUUCCCAACAACUAAUUAAACUGAAAGGUCUGAUAAAUUUCUUGAAAGACGAAGCUGCUAUUGAACAAAAGGACAUUGAAGAAGGCAUUCUGCACCUGAGUAUAGCUGAUGUCAAGAUCACCCUCAUGGAUAAGGUUGAGCAACUACGUGAUACAAAACCACAAUGCGUUAAAGGUACUGAGGCUGAAGCAAAUGGAAUCGUCUCUGAGGUGGGCAACUACGUGAAUGAGUGCUUUGCAAAGAUUUACAAGAAACUGAAUGAUGCAUCAGAAUUGAUCGAAAAUGCAAAGACUACCAAUGAUGUUGACGAUCUAGUGAGAGCUGUGCAGCGUUUCUAUGUGAACAAAAAGUCCCAUUUCGAAAAAUGCACGAAGGCGGCUGCGAAAGUAAUGAUACAACGAAUGCAGAGGGAAGAAGAAAAGAUUGAAAACUGUGUAAAAGGAGUUGACUCAACGCCGACUGUAACAGCCCCAGAUGAAAGUAAACCUGGAUUGACGAAGCCUGAAGACAAUAAACAACCCGACUCAAUUCCGAAGUAUCCUUCAACCACUAUCAACAUUUAUUAUAUUCCUCAUCAACCAAAAGGAUGUGGACAAAGGAAAAGGCCAAGGAAGCAUAAACCAGCACCAGUACUACUAACAGUACCUUAUUAUUGGUGGUGGUAAAUUAUUUUAGAUAUCAGAUUCUCACAAAGAGAACUCAUAUAUUUUUCGAUUUUAUUCUAGUUUGAAAUUAAAGUAUGCACACUUGAUGGAGCUCACAUUCUAAUGUAAUGAAAUAUACACUUUUAACCUUCUAUUAA